AUGAUCUGCUGGCUGACGAAGAUCGCCUACUUCGUGCUCCUCACGGAUCUCCUGGUUCCGGUGGCCGAGCUGGUUGUGCCCAGCUUGCGGACGUCCUACACUCCCGAGACGACCCGACGGAUUGUGGUUUGCAUCGCCGCACUCUUUCUGUCGCCCAUGUGCUUCAGAAGUAGCCUGUCUGCCCUGCGGUUCAUGUGCUUCGCGAGCGUUUGCAGUGUGGCCGUCGUGGGUGCAGUGGUGGGCAUCCGGGCCUUCGAGUCCCUCGGGCGCGAGCACACCAUCCAGGUGCAGCUCCCCAGUCACUUGAACCGGAUGGUGCAGGUAAUGCCAAAUUACAACCUCUGGCCAGAAAACUGGGAACAGGCGAUGUACGCUCUUCCCAUCUUCGGGGUCUCCUUCUUGUGUCACUUCAACGCACUGCCGACGCAUCAAGAGCUGGAACGGCCGACGCGCUAUCGCAUGAGAAGGGUGAUCUUGGUGACGCUCACAUUGACGUCGUUGAUAUACCUCUUCGUGAGCAUCUGCGGCUACCUCUUUGCGGGCUGCUUCACCUGCGGCAACGUCCUGCUGAACUUCCCAUCUGAUGACAACCUCAUCAACGUCGCGCGAGUGGCGUUGGGAAUGGUGUUGAUGCUGAACUUCCCCCUCAUCUGCCAGCCGUGUCGGAACGCGCUCUUCCGGCUCCUGAACGGCUCUGGCUGCGUCAAGGCCGCUGAGGCGCCGCUGACAGAGUCCCUGGAUGGCGCCCGGGAGAAUAGCUCCGGCUCCUUUAGCCUGGAGAUCGUUUCGACCUCCACGAACGACCUCACCAGCGACUCACAGGUGGGACGGCUGCCACGUGUCGCCGACCCGACACCUUCCAGGCAGCGGUCUUCCUCCCCUUCGCGGCCGUCAUCUACACCUUCGUCCCCGCCGGAGGCAUGCGUGCACGUCUACCUCCGCCAGGACACCCGCGGAGGUCGAGGUCAGAGCUCUGCAAGGAAUGCGCCCGACGUGCACGUCUUCGACACCUUCCAUCCCAAGGAAGAGGCCAUGCGGCAGGGGGCCCUCGAGCCUACGAACUGCCAAAGAAUAGUGUUAACAUCCCUCCUUCUGGGCACCUCAUUGCUGGUGAGCUGUGUCAUGAAGAGCAUCAUGGUCGUGUGGUCCGUGAUUGGCAGUACGGUGAGUUUCCUCAUAGCUUUCAUCCUGCCGGCACUCUUUUGGUACAAGGUGGUGGGACCAACGGUGCGCCCCUGGCGCCGUGGCGCUGCACUGGGGCUCAUUGCACUCUGCUGCGUGCUGUCCGCCAUUUGCUUCGUCCUGGCCU